AACACUAAAAAUAUAUAUUAAUAAUUUUAAAUAUAAUAAAAAAUAAUUUGUUUACUUGCAUGUCAUGUGACCGAUAAGAGUCAACAGAGAACUGUGAACAUAUGAAUAUGUUUUUAAAUUAUUGAAAUAUUAACUUAAACUAAAUAUGAAGUCGAAAGGGGAUCGGCUGACAAAAAAGACUGUGAAUCCCUGGUUUGAACAAUCACCAGUGUGCCUGAUUUACCAUCACUUCAGUUUGUCAGCUAAUUACAUUCUUCUGUCCUGAGUUUCCUUCGUCUUCCUGUUUUCGUUCCAUUGCAAUGUGUUUGGGUUUCGAGAACCGAACAGCGGCCCCGCCUCCCGCUCCUGACCAGCUCCCUGCUCCCAGAAACCAUCCCGUCGACUCCAGCCCGGCACACAGGUGUCCAUCAACAGAGGAAUCCUGGCCAAAUGAGAAAAUCAGCACAGCACUCUAUCACAUGCACCGCCGGGAUCCUAUCACUACUGACGUCCCUCGAGGCCGAGCGGCUGAGAGUCACAUCUCCUAUCAAAUUACGCCUGAUUUCAGCUUAACUGCUUUGUGCACCCAUCCUGGGCUUUUCAGUCCAAGAAAAGGGGUUUUUUGAGCCUCUCAUGUGGCGCUGCCGUAAUAUUUCGGAUCCAGGAAAUGAGUGCAAGUCUGAGACGGCAACUCCCAAAAUUUGAAGUAUACCCACUGCGCCCAGUGUUGGCCCGAACUCAAAGCGCAGCCUGCCUGCUGGAUGUUUUAUGCCUCUUAUAAAAGCGAGAGCCCCUUGAGUGGCUAUAGGCUCGCAUUUGUAACGACAUUCGCUACAGCGAACUGAAAUAUGGCAGAAGGUCACCAGCCAGCGUGCCGAGUUUCCAUGCGCUCGUCAGCUCCUGUAAAUCUGUGGCUGGGAGUCUGUUAACGCUGUGGGAUGGAAGGGAGCGCCAGACCCUCGCUCUACGCCCAGAUGUUUACCACCCCACCCAAAGGACGAAGGGUUGAGGCACGGGUUUGCUUUUCCAGACGGGACAGUCUCAAACAGACCCCAACCAAACGUGGGAACUCUUGAGUUUCCUGACAAUCUCAUUUGUAUUUAAAGGGUUAGUUCACUGAAAAAUGAUUUACUCACCCUCAUGUCCAUCCAAAAUACCAUAUGAUUCUUCUGCAAAACACAAAAUAAUUUGGCAGUUUUCGCCCAUCCAGUGAAAAUCAAUAGUACCUGAAACUUUCAAGCUCCAUAAAGUCUUCUUUUCAAAACACAAUCACUUAGGAUGAAAUUUAGGCCUUUAUUCACUUUUGAAUCAAAUAACUGAUCAAUGCACAUAAACAAAGACUAAACCAAAAUGGCAGCGACUUUAAAUGUCAACUAACAUUAAAUCUCAUUGGUUCUGGCAUGUCACGUGACCAAAAGUCUCACAUGUCAUGACCUUUGGGGUUUGUGUCAUCAUAUUUAGUGCCGUCUUUGUAUGCAUGUGCUGAUCAGUGUUUUGGUUUGAUUUGAAUGUGAAUAAAGGGUUCAGUUAUGAUCUGUUCAUCGUGCAAAGUGACCGUGUCUCUUCAGAAGACUUUCAAUACAGCAGUCGGGCUGAAUUCAUUUCACACUAUCUUCGUAUCCCUUUAGAGCUUCAAAGUCCUGGAGCUGGAUUCACGAAACAUGUUCUUCCUAUUUUGUAACUUAAAAAAAAAAAAGAGGAAUAUUUGUAUCAUCAAAAACAUUUCUUUAGAAUGUUCUUAUCUGUUUUCUUAAGGAAGGCAAACCUAAGAAGAAUUAGAAUUUCUGAAUUUCUUAAAAAUCUCCAAAUUGUCUUAUAUCCUCAAAGGGAAGAUAUUAUGAAUAUGAAGAUUUAAUGAAUUUAGUGGUUUGUCAAAAGACAAAAAUUUAGAAGAAUUUGAAUAAUUAAAUAAUUUCUUAAAGUUAGGAUUGUUCUAAAUCAUUGUAAAUCAUUGUAAAUAAGUUAGAGCUGAUCUUAAAAAUCAUAAAUAACAAAUUGAGGAUUCAUAUUAAAAAUCAUUAUAAAUAACGUAAAGUUAGGGUUGAUCUUAAAAACCAUCGUAAAUAACUUAAAGUUAUGGUUGAUAGCUUUGUUGAUAUUAAAAAUCAUAAAUUACAAAGUACUGUAUUGUUCUUAAAAGUCAUGAUAAAUAGCUUAUUAAAGUUAGGAUUGUUCUUAAAAAUCAUAAAUAAUUUUUUUAAGUUAGGAUUGUUCGUAAAAAUCAUUGUAAAUAAUUUCUUAAACUCAAGAUUGUAGCCUACUUAAAAAUCACUGUAAAUAAUUUCUUAACGUUAGGAUUGAUCGUAAAAAUAAAAAAAUCAAUAUAUAUAUAUUAUGACCCCACUGACUGAUAAUGUUAACAAUGAUCGGUCAUGAUUAUAAGUGAUGUGUCUUUUUUGCUAAAUUCGAAAUUCAUUAACAACAAAUUACUAAUUAGGGGGAAAGAUAACUAAGAUAGGCUAUUAUUAAUAUUUGAGUAACUUAAAUUCAAAUGUAUUUAUUGUUUAACUUCUUUCUUAAAAAGAUUUUGUUUCUGUGAAGGAAACGACUGGCAUUUUCACGCACUCACUGACCUGUUGAUUUGACAUGUCUGCACACGCUGUGUUGUGGCUGUGGAAUACUGUUUGACUGCAUGCACAGGAAUGCUGUGUUUUCUUAGGUAGGAUCCACGUGGAGUCUCAGCAGAGAGUGGAAAAAGUGAGCGUGUGUAGGAUUUAGCCAGGUGCCAAUCCCCCGGCAUUCCUGCGCUGACCCUGUACGCCUCCAGGGGAGGUCUGUCUCAGCACGGCCAGCCGGGCCAGACUCCAGUCCAGGGGCGGAUCUGAGGAACAAUCAGUAGAAAAAUGCACAAACACCACCAUAAACUGACCAUAAUCGCGCUCGCCAUCUACGCUGAGGUCCAUUAGAGUUCACCGGUUGCAGGCUCCGGACCGCAUGCCGUCAUGCUGUCCUUAGACGAGCCACUGGACCUGAAGGUGCCGAGGGGGCGGGUCAGUGGGCGGGACAGAGGUGCCAGGUCUCCGCCCACUCUCACUCCCUCUCCCAUUCACGCCAAGGGGGCGGGGCAACUGCGCAUGGCAGACGACGGGACCGCAGUCAUCGUUCCAGCGUCUCCUGCCUCUCCACACACAGGUGUCCUGCAGGAUAAAUCGGAGACCCCCACACCGCCCGCCGUGGACCUCAGCAUGUCCCCAUCCUCCAGAAAUACCGCCUGCUCUCCGGAUCUCUCCAAUGGAAACGGCUCAGCUCCCAUUUUCCCCGGGGACUCGGCUCAUUUCCGUUACGUGGAGGGAGGGGCGAUGUCUCAAGCGUUCCAGUUCUUCGUGCCCAUUGGAGGAGGAGGAGGGCUUCACCUGCCUUCCUCGAUGUUCAUUCGGCAGCCCAAGGACACACGAGCUUCUCCAGACCUCUCUGCAGAUGAACAGCUGGCCUGUCGCUGGAGGAAGUGCCACCUACUUUUUGACUCCUUGCAAGACCUGGUGGAUCAUGUCAAUGACUUCCAUGUGAAGCCUGAGAAGGAUUCUGGGUACUGUUGCCACUGGGAGGGAUGUGCACGCAAAGGACGGGGAUUCAACGCCAGGUACAAGAUGUUGAUACACAUCCGUACUCACACCAAUGAGAAACCUCACCGCUGUCCCACCUGCAACAAGAGCUUUUCCCGCCUGGAGAACCUGAAGAUUCACAACCGCUCACACACAGGAGAGAAGCCCUACAUCUGUCCCUACGAGGGCUGCAACAAGCGCUACUCCAAUUCCAGUGAUCGGUUCAAACACACGCGCACGCACUAUGUGGACAAGCCCUACUACUGCAAGAUGGUGGGCUGCUUAAAACGCUACACGGACCCCAGCUCCCUGAGGAAGCAUAUCAAGGCUCACGGGCACUUUGUAGCCCAGGAGCAGGGAGGUCCGGGUGGGGUGGGCUCUCUGAUGAAGCCUGUGCAGAUUGCAGGGCCAGGGAAAGAAUCUGAGCUGACUUACGUCAGUGGGGCCCACAUCAUCAUUCCUGGUGCUGCCGCUGCUCUCCUGGGAGGUCACGGUCUGCAAGGUCUCGGAGGCUCCCUCCCCUUGUCCCCCCUCAGUCCCCGCCCCUUGGACUUGAGCACACUGGGCUGCCCAAGCUCCCCUCCAGCUGGGCUUGGGGGGACCUCCAUCCUGUCCUUCAGUGGUUCCCCGCUUGGCCUGGCCAAGUCACCCUUGCUGUCUCAUACCUUCUCAUCUUCCACAUUGGGGUUGCCCAUGGUGCCCAUUUUGGGCUCGGAGCGCAGGGACCAUGGCAAGGGCAAGGCCAGAGGCGAGGAGGGUGAGGACGAGAUCCACGGCGGAGUGCUCAACUUGUCUACGGGGGCAUCUCACGACCCCCUGUCUUGGGUUGUCAUCCCUUCUGGCCCGGUGGUGCUGAAGCCAGCUGUGGUCAACUGAGCGCCACAUUCCAGAGGAACGGCAGGGGAAGGGUGAGGGUGGAACAGGGAUCAGAGGUCAGAGGCAAGCCUAUGGGGGGUUUUCACAAAGCAAAUGCGUUUCUGCUUGCAGGUGAUACCAUCUUCAACUUUUAGCGCUACUUCAGUUCUAAUUUGUACCUUAUGGUCAGACACAGCUACCUGUUUCUUGUGGUAAUAGGGAUGGUAUCUUGAAGCGAAAUUUUCGUAACAAUCUAGAAAGUGGUCAAACACUCACCUCCAUUCCAUUCUCUUUCUUUCUGGCUUAUCUUAUUACCAGGGUUAUCCAGUCUUGCUCCUGGAGAGUUUAGCUCCAACCUGCUCCAACACACCUGCUUGAAAGUUUUGAGUGAUCCUGAAGAGCUUGAUUAACUGUGUUUAAUUAGGGUUGGGGCUAAAGUAGUGGUGGGCAAAUCUGGCCCUCAAAGUCCACUGUCCUGCAGUUUAGUUACAACCCUCACUAAACAGAAACUAAACUAAUCAAAGUCUGUAAGAUCACUAGAUAAAUUACAGCCAGGUGAGUUUGUUGGAGGUAAACUCUGCAGGACAGUGGACCUUGAGGGCCCUCCCCUGGUCUAAACUCUGGUGGCUCUCCCGAAGCAAGAUUGGACCCUAAGUCUUAUACACUUUGUUUUCUGUUUUAUGAGAGCACUGAUCUAAAUGGCAGACUUCAGAAUCUGUGCCCUUGCUUCAAGAGACAAUUGUAUUUAUGCGUAAGAGAAACUUUUGGACGACAGUGUACGCAACACACUAAAGACACAAAUGUAUGCUAUUAUUCUUCAGGAACUGACCUUCAAGCCAUUCCGUGCAUUAUGAAAAGACCUCUGAGCAUAGCGAGCUAGAGAUCUUUGAGGCUACAUCGCAUGGGCUUGGUCAGGUUUGCAAAGGGGUGCUGAGGUCGUAGGUCAGGCGAGAGCAGCUCUUUACUUGCCGUCAAUCAACAUCUGUUGUACCCUUUAGACCAGUGGUGUCCAGUUCUGGCCCUGAUAUGCCACUUUCCUGCAGAGUUCAGCUCCUACAUACAAGUUUCUAGUGAUCCUGAAGACCUUGAUUAGCUGGUACAGGUGUGUUUACUUAGGGCUAGAGCUAAACUUUCCCGGACGGUGGCCCUUUAGAAGCGGGAAUGGACACCACUGCUUCAGACUGUCCCGAGUCCCACCUAGGUCUGCAGGUACCCUCUGCAUCCCUUGCAAGUGAACUUCCUUAGCUCAAUGCUAUUGCAAGCUAUAUGAAAAACCUUGCAUUUGCUGCUAGCUGUGUCACUGCAAUGUAAGCUUUGAAUCUUUGAAUAAAAACAGACAAAGUAUGAAUGACAAUCUGUCCUCUGAGGAGGAGGAAAUAGAAACCUUGACUAGCUCUAUUUUGUUGAAUAAGAAAUUUACAGACACAAGGCUCAGACCGACUGAGUUUUAAGUCAUACAAGGGCACAAACUCACCAAGCUGUCAUGCUAACGCCCCAUAGGACAUGGCACUGUUGUAAAUAGUGCCAUCUUGUGGUCAUCACUUGUACUGCACAUUACUAGCUGAACCAAGGGCCAGAUUUAAUAGUAUUGUCUCGCUUUGCAGUAUACUAGCACGGCAGGGUAAGAGAAAAGACCUUUGGCUGAUGCAUAAUAGUGGAAUGUUAAACUGUUAUCCACAACCCAGUGGACACUUGCAAGCUGACACUUGCAAUACACCAGUUUAAGUGUACUGCAACGAUUAAGGGCCUAGUUUGGUUAAAGUAACUUUGCUUUCACAGUUUGCCCCAUGUUAAAUCACUGUGCUAAAAAUCUAAUCGUAAACCUAGAGAUUAAAGUAUGGACUUAAUAAUAAAGUGUAGAAAGCACUAUUCAGGUGGCCAGAAGAUAGCAUUUUGAUUUAAGACCCUUUCACAUGACUCACAUCAACAUUCUCCAAUGCACUCUAGAGCGAGGUGUCAAGUUUCAGCAUUACUCCUGACGCCACCUUACACAAAUGGAGUUGUAGGCAACGCUCCAAAUACUAAAAAUUUCACAUUUGACCCCAUUUGGCUCUGAUUUUCCCCAGUUGCAUGAUGUCAUUAUGUGGUACAUCAUACAAACUGAAAAUCAAAACUCAAAAGACAGAUUCUGUGCUAGAAUUUUAGGCACAUCAAGUUGUACAACACAACCUUUAAGGCAGAUAUUGUACAUUUUAUGAUGCAAUCUACAACGUCAAAGCGACGUAUGAUUCUUGUGUUGAAAGGUGCACUGAAAUUCUGAAGUGGGUCAUGUGAGAGAGACUUUACACAGUCUUUGUCAUCCUCCAUUGAUGAUAAAAAUGUUGCAAUCAAGAUCUCAUUCAGAUUCAAAUAACGCUCUUGAUUAAGUCUUCUCUCCUGAACUCAGGCACACAACAGCUUCUGUCUUCAGAACAGAGAUGACAUAUUUAGAGCAUCUUUCAGUAAUGUCCAUUACUCAUAGAUUGGGAGAAAAAAAAUUAUAACAAACGAAUAUUAUGUAAAAAAUAAUCGCACUUCCUUAAAGCAUGUACCCUGCCCUCCCCUCCAAACCAUUUUUACACUCAGAGUCUUAUUCCAUAAUUAUUUUUGUUUUAUUGUUUGUGGAAACUAUACAAUUAAUGCUGUUUUGUUUUGUUUUUGGACGUGACAUUUCCUGAUGUUGAAGUUGCUUCGUUUGUGCUAUCACUAUUCUGUGUUCAGCUUUCUCCAGCAGGUGAAUCGCGAGGAAAGAGGGAGAAAUGACUGGAGGAGGUGACGGAUAAGUUUGUGGGAAGGGUUUGAGUAAGAAGCCCUUACAUUUAGCCCAUAAUCAUACCGAGAUUUUUGAAGUUUACAUACUGUAUAAUGUUCUUUAUAAUGGACAUUCAAGCAAUCAACAUGUCCACAAGUCCCCACUGUCCACAUCUUGAUUGUGCGCCAAGUUUCAAAAGUAGGUCACUGACACUUACAUGGCCCCAGAUUAUUUUUAUUUAUUCGGUUUAAGCCAAGAAAAGGUUAACCCUGUGCUUCUGUAAAGCCUUUAAGUAGAGAUAACAUGCAAAUACAUGCAAAUACAUACAGUAAUCAAACACAAUCCUCUCUGGUUUGGAGAGCUUUGACAUCAGCAUGUAUUUAGGAGGCUUUACCGGUAAUGACGUUUAUUAACCCUUGCAUCUUUAAACAAGUUGGACAUAUCUUUGCCCACCUCCUCCUACUCCCUUUUCUCAUGUUGUUGGCUGGAGAAAGCUGAUACUGACACAGACCUGUCAAGGUCUACAUCAAUUUUCAAUAUCAGAUAAGCUGUUUGAACCUUUAACCCUUUGAGCACUCUGAAAACGGCCACACUGUUUUACACAGGAGACUCCAAAGGCCUUUACAAAACAAUGGUGCAUCCCCAAUGACUCUGAAUUUACUGAGAGACUUAAGCAAUAAACUGAAUGGCAGGGAAGAUGUCAGAGCUAGAUAUUUAAAUUUAGAUAUUCACUCCAGCAAAACUCCAAUGAUGCAAGAAACUAUAUGCGGUACAUAAAUUAAGCACCAUUUUAGAAAAAAGCUCACAUUAAAAGUAAAGAUGUUUCUAAAAUUAACUAAUAAUAGGACACUUUCUUGAAGUGCCACAGAGAUGCACAAAGGGUUAACAAAAAGACUAUGGCCUGGAAAGGCCAGUAUCCAUUUUUUCUUCCUUUUUUGCACAUUUUUGAGAUAUUUUAAUAUCAGUAUUUUAAUUUUUUCCAAGUGCCUUUUAUUAUAGUUGAAAUGUAGAUGUAAUACAGUAUAUGAAAAUAAAUAUAUAUAUAAAUAAAUAUAUAUUUUUCCCAGCAUCAUGUUCUGAAGCUGAACAUGCAGAAUUUUAGAGCUGUAAAAGUCUCCAGUUGGUACAACAUAGGUGUGUGCUCCUGUUUUAGAGGAUUUUUAUUACGAUAUUGAUAAGGAUGUCAAUGAAAAUAAAAGAAACAAAUGUUUAAU